UGAUAAUUUGCAACCUGAUUAUCUCUACGAACACAUGGCACCAGUUCGAGCUGAACUGAUACGUGGUUUAUGGCAGUGCAUGUCAAGUCAGGAAAAAAACGCACCACAAAUUGCAUUUAGGAUUUUGGGAAAAUUUGGUGCAUCGAAUCGGAAAAUGUUGAUGGAUCCUCAAAAUUUGGUGUUUAAAGAUGAACAUUCAUUCGAAUUACCAGCAUUUCGAUUGGUUUUCGAGCGGGCUUCAACACGUAUUGAAUUCAAUGAAACACUGUCGGAUGGAAGUCAGAGUAAUAACAGCGGUCCUCCAUUUUUCUGUGAACUGAAUAUUUCUGAAGUGGUGAAAGAAUCGGUCAAGCAUUUGCGUUCACCAUUUGUAGCCGAUGCAUCCUUCAUUAUGGCAACUGCACAAACGAUUCCGGGUGGAAUACGGAUUUCUUCCCUAACUAUGCGACGUCAUGCAUUCCGAAUAAUCAAAGGAGUGAUUUUGAGUGCAUUGGCACCUACCAAACGCGGAAUUUUAAGGAAUCCUUUCUUCAAGAAGCAUCUUACCAUUAGACUUUUGGAAUUGCGUGCAAAGGACGAGAGUAGUUUCCAAUUAGAUCAUCAAUGCAAUAAUCAAUAUUCACGGUCUCUUUACCUUGAUGCUUUACUCGGAUUGUUUUAUGCGACAGCUGCAGUAUUACAAGAAGCAACUAGUAAUGUUAUGGAUUUCUUCUGCAUGGUUAUGCGACACUUGACAAUUCAGAUUAUUUUUGAACAGUGUCGAGAGAAAAGCAACAAGAUUAUGGAUCACGAUUUAAACUCGAUGGAUUAUACUGUCCUGAUUGAUAGUGUGUUGCUUGCUUUAACCGAUCCAUGUAAAGAAGUGUGCCAGAUUGGCCUUAUGGCACUGAAGCUGAUAUGCGAGACAGCAACAGCCCUGUUUGGUAGCAUCAACAAAGCAGCCAGCACUACAUUUUUUCAACAAAUUUUGGAACGAGCAACUAAUCUUUGCUAUAACGAACCAUGGUGUAUUCGUCUUGGUGGAUGCCUUAGCAUCAAAUUUUUUUUGAUAAACUUUCCUCCAGCUUUCAUUAUUAACAAUAUUGAUACCAUCCUUUGUGCUUUAUUUGAGGUUAUUGUUGGACUUAUGGAGGAUGUUUCAAGUUCAGCCGUCGAUGUUGCAGUGUCUACAUUGGAUUUGUUGUUGAAAGUCUGUUUUGAACAGUCAUUAGUUCAUGAAAGGAAAAAAGAAGCCAUUGAAUGUGUGGUUGGGCGAAUUAUUGAGAAUCUUUUGAGCCCUUCACAAGUUCUUAGCAAGCAGAGUCAGAAAAUGCUUACGAUGUUGGCCGACUACACUGGGCUUACACAAUGCGAGUUGCUUGCAUUGCAAAAUGAGUCACUGAGGAAGUUUUUAGAAGAUGGUAUGAUAGAUUACAAAAGGAUGUCUCUCGACCAGCAAAUUGCCUUUGAGGAUGCUUUUGUUUUCAUCUUUUCCGUUCGGCCAGUACCACAGGAAUUUAUAUUGGACAGAUUCCCGGAAAAUGAUUACGUUUCCCGGCUUUUAUCUAUCUGCAGUGCUACUAGAAAAGAAAUAAGGAACAAGCCAAAUUAUAAACCAUCAACAAGAUUCCUGGCCGUCAUGCAGCGGUCGCAGUUCAGUUCACGCGUCAUCGCUUUACGACAGUCAACUAUAAAAGCACUGGUAACAUGUUGUAUUGCAUCUUGUGGGGAAUUAAAACAGACAGUGGAUCAUGAUCCACUGUUUCCACAUCACAGGCAAAUAUUCGAGGCAGUUUUAAAAUGCCUUAUGGAAGAAAAUGAGGCGAUUCAAGAUGCUGCAUUCAGUGCACUGAAAGAAGCGUUGAGUUUAGAUCGAUUACGAUCACAUUUACUUAAAAUGGAUCUCGGGUUGAUGAUCACCGUCUUAUCUCAAUCAGACAAUCGCUUAGAGAAACACGUCGUUCUGCGUUUGCUUUACCUCCUACGAUUAUUUCCAGAUAUCUUCUCAGAAACAUUUUGUAGCGAUUUGCUGGAUGCUUUUCGGAAAUUUCCGGAUCCCAAUCAAAGUGAUAUUGUGACUGACGAUGUUAAAGUAGGAAAAUUAUUACUGGAAAUUUUGGCCGAAUUUCCUCUUGCUGAUGCUAGUUUUUUGCAUUUGAUUAUACCACAUGUUCGCAGAUGGGAAGCUGCUGUUUCUUUUGAGAGUAAUACAAGUUGGCGGUACCCUCUAAUGAAAUAUUUAACGCGAUUUCCACUAGAAACUCUGCGUUUCUUUGUUGCAGGCAAUAAUAUCUGUGAACAGAGGAAUCGUGAACUCUUUAAGUACGUGGUGAAGCAUGAAGAAGCAAUAGCAGUUCAGGAGAAACUAAUGGCAGACAAUAGUUUUUUGCUCCGGUUAUUGCAAGGAGAGGCUAUGGAUGAAGCCGGCACUUGGACAAAAUGUGAUUUAUCAAUCUAUGAUAUGGAAAUGCUAACUAUGAAGCUGAUUGUUAGCAUCGGGAAACGUCAUCCAAGCUGGGCGGGAAACGGCGCUUGCGAAAUUGUCAGAGCUAUACAGUUACUGUGGAGUGAUAAAGAUUUCCGCGCUCGGUACACAUGCAAGGAUUAUUUGGAGGCACCGCGUUAUGACGUCCCUAAGCUAGCAGCUUUGAUCAUGCUGCGUUAUUUCAAAGCCAACAUCGAUCGCAUUGAUAUCCUCUUCGACCUCUGUCAUGUGUUUACAAAUAAUUACAUCGGUGAUUUCACCUUUGUAAGAUUGUUUAUCGAACAAGAAAUUAUUCCGAAAUAUCCUAUUGAAUGGCGGCAGAAUGCAUUGAAACGAAUAGUUGCUAUGUUUGAAAAAGAUUCGUCUACAGCGUAUGAUUUGAAUGUUGUUAAAAUGCUUCAAUAUGUUGUCAUUCCAUCACUACAUUAUGCGUUCGAGCGUUACGAUGUUGAUGUGGUGGUUGGUACACCGGCAAAGCCAGAUGAUGUAGACGAUAACAAUCUGAUUUCAUUGGUUUGCCAAAAAGUACUCGAUCGAAACAGAUUUCAUAUAAGUGAUGCAAUGCUUAUUCAACUGUUCCAUCUAGCAUGCCUAUUUGUCAGUAACUGCCCAACUCACAUACAUGAUUUCUCACAAAAGAAGCAGGGCAAUCGUCUGCGCAUUUUAAUGCUUUUGGGUUGGCCAUGUUUGUCAUCGACACCUCAGGAUCAGACAAUGAAAUACAUGGGUCACUUGUUAAUUGCUAAUAUUAUCAAUCAAUUUAACAUUAAUCGAAAGAUCGUCUUGCAGGUUUUUCUAAGUUUGCUGAAAGCAACUUUGAGCGAUCCGAAAGACAUUAUCAAACGUUCACUUGAUAUAUUAACGCCAUCUGUACCACUACGUAUGGAUGACGGUCACAAACAAUUAAUGACUGUUGUUAAGAAGACGAUUGUUGAAGAGGGCCAUAAUGUCUCACAAAUUUAUCAUUGUUUGUCAAUGAUAGUUCGUCACUACAAGAUCUAUUACACUGUACGUCACCAAAUGCUCCAAGUUAUACUGAAUGGAGUUCAGCGUUUGAUGCUAGCACAAGGCACUUUGGAGAAUCGACGGACUGCUAUUGAUGUAUGCGAAAUGGUCAUCAAAUGGGAGCAGUGGCGACUUAAGCAAACGGAAGAAUUGGAAAAAGGAUUAGAAACUAGUAAACAGUCGCAUACUGAGACAGCAGGAAGUCCUUCAGGACACCAGCAAUCUUCAUCCUCGGGUUUAUCUCAAGUGCAAAACAAGGAUGUAGAAAGUAUACACCGACCGAUCGAGAAAGUACACGUGGACCAUGUUGUUAAUAUGCUUGUAAAAUUAUCGUCUGCAGUACCUGACGCAAAUCCAACUCAGCAUGCUGUAGCAAUGGAACAGUUGUGCAAACGAUGCUUAGGCCUACUACGAGCCUGUCUGAAAAGCAGUCUUUGGGGACUUACCGCUAAUCUCAGACUCUCCUGGUUGGAAAAGCAGUUGACAGUCGCUGCGGAAGCUGUAACCCAACAAUUUCGGGAACAGACUACAGUUGCUCACCAUUUCUCACAGCUGCAUACAUCAUUAGAUAUUAUUACACAUCUUGUCGUUAUUUUGCCACAAGAAGUUAUUGUUGCAAACGUGAAAAUGUUGCAGCGCGGAAUCGUUGCAUGUUUAAGUUGCCAAGACAACGCUGUAAUGCGAAGUCUCUGCCAACUUAUUUCUAAAUUAUUCGAGAAAACAAAGUGCUCAUCGGAAGGAUUGAUUGAGUUGGAAACGAUCAACCAGUUUGUUACAAAAUUCAUUAACGACACAUUCACCAAUUAUGAGAAAGGACAAAGUCAGCCAAUGACUGGUGUGUUUGCAACAAUCCAUUUGUUGCGCACUAUAUGUGUUAUUCAACCGGCUUACGUUGAUACAAUGUGUUUGAGUUCAUUCACAAAAGCUGUCCAAAAACUUGUUCGCGAACAUGUUUCUUCGUGUACUGAAAAUAAAGGACAUGCACUGACUGAGUUAAUAAUUUUCUCACUAGAACUUCUUCGGCCUCGUAUUCAUGCAAUACCACCGGAAGCACGGCGCAAUAUUGGGCAGUGCAUUUUAACACCACUUAUAGAUAAGACUCCAUUUGAUCGUGUUCUUGACAUUGUUAUUCGUGUUGUUGACAUUAUGGUGCGUAAUGGUGACGAGCGGCAGCUGAAUCAAGGUGUUCCCCUUUUAAUAAGGCUGGUGCAAACAAUGGAAGCGCAUAAACGUCAUGAAAAAUCAGGAGACUUACUGAAGACACUACUUGAAACAGUUCUUUACGUUUAUGAAACUCUGCAUCUACGAACUAGCGAAACAUUAGCAAAACUUAAUAGUGCUUUUCAUUGGGGACUUUGCUCUCAGGAUGAGUCAUUGCGUUCUCGGUUUUUUAAGUUAUUUGAUGCCCAAGUACCAAAAAAUAUUUGUGACCGAUUAUAUCAUAUUAUUACAUCACAGAAUUGGGCUGAUAUGCAGCAGCACUUUUGGAUCAAGCAUUGCAUCAAUCUUUUCCUGUCAUUAAUAAUGGACGAACAGAAGGAUAAGAAUUGCACAAAAGCGGAGCAAAUUCUGUUGCUGAAUUGUUGCACGUUAUGGCAUACAUUUGAGGAAAUAUUUGAUCUAGAAACAUUAUAUCGAAAUCAUCCAGAAACAUGUAAUAAUGAUGAUUUCGUAUUGUGUGCAAUGGAUACAAUUGAAAGCAAGCGCGACGAUUUUGUGGAGACUUCAGGAACUCAGACACUAACAGAAAUUAGCAUACCGAUUUGUAGUACAGCUAGUACACAGGAUCUGCAGACCACUUUAAUCGUCGAACAGCAAGUUCAAUUGUUCGAAAUGGCUGCCAAAUUCCAGACCACUGAUAUCCUUCCAAGUUAUUUGGAACUUGUUCAUAGUAGUAAUGACUUAGCGUCGAAGAUCUGGAUAAAAUUAUUCUCUUCGUUAUGGUCAAGUCUGCAGGAAUUCACAAGGGCUACUCUUAGUGCUGAAAUGAUGCCAUUUCUCUCAUCUGGGUGUCAUCUUGUGCAAAGAGAUUUAUCUCAUUCAGCAGUUGCUACCUUUCUGGAAGCUAUUUAUCGCUGUCAGCCACCUAUUCCAAUUCAUCCAAGUGUAUUGAUGUAUAUUUCGAUGAGACAUCAUGCAUGGCACCGUGGGUUGUUGAUUCUUGAAGAAGAGGCAGAGAAAAUUCCAGCAUUCACGAACAACCCGUUAUUACUUCAAAUUUUACAACCAACACCAACAAAUAUGCAGUUGGUAACGCUGAAUAACUUGAUUCUCUUAUAUUCCAAAUUAUCCGAAUUUGACCAGUAUCAGGCAAUCUGGAAGCGUCGUGCUUAUUUUACCGAAACUUCAAAAGCUAUUGAAUAUUACAACGAAGGUGAUUUCGUACGGGCAGAAGAGACUUUAAGGAAGUCGAUUGAAGCCAUCAAUGAUCGUGUAGUUGCUCCUAGUGGUACUAGCAGGCAGCUAGACGUAACUCCUGCUCUUGGAUUCGAACUACGUGAAUGGCACAGAUUAUGGGCCGACUGCGAACGUGAGCUUGGUGAAUGGAACGGUUUACUGCAGUUUGGUAAUACACCUGCUGUGUACAGUCUUGGUAUUGUUGCGGAUGCAGCCUGGCAUCUGAAUGACUGGAACUUGCUUCGAGUUACUCUUACUCAGUUGGAAGGUUGCACACAGCCGGACUUAUAUUAUAAGUAUUAUCUUUACAAAGCUAUGCUCAUGAAUCAUCAUCCCAUGCAAGAAGAUAGAGUCACGGAACUACUUCACGUUCGGAUCAACAGAGAAUUGGAAGCAGCAAGAGAUGAUUUAAUCGUAGAGUGGAAACGAUUGCCAGGCAUUGUUUCUUUGAGCCAUGUUAGCAUACUUCAGGCUGCAAAUCUCAUUCAGGAGGUUCAGGAAGCUAGCGUACUCACUAAUCAUCCAGAAGUUAGUGGUCAAGUAUCACUGCCGUCAAAUCCAAUUGGCGAUGUUAAGUCCGUAGUAAAAGCAUGGAGGAGUCGAUCCUAUGCCUUAUCAGAUCCGUUAUCAUUUUGGGCUGACAUUCAUCAGUGGCGCAUUCAUCAUUACAAUACUGCCAUUAGACUUCUUCAACAGAUGGAAGGGAAUCAAUCGAGUCAGUUCCAACAGGGUUUACUUCCUUUCUAUUCGGCGGCAAAUUCGCAGCUAAUGAUAGCGCGCGCUGCUCGAAAAGCAGGACUCAUAAAUACUGCUAUUGAUAAACUAAGCAGGAUGCAUACUUUACCGGCUUUACCAGCGAUGGACGCUUAUUUUUCGGUGCGAGAGCUUUUGAAGUGUUUGGUGCAACGAGCAUCCACGCCUGAUUUGACGGAAGAGAAACAACACAGUGCAUUAAUGGAAGCGUUCUCAGUUGUCCAAAGAACAACCAUUAAUACUUUCACCAAGGAAAAUAUUGCCAAACUUUACGCCUUGCGUGGAAAAAUCUUAACGAAACUCGAGAAAUAUGAGGACGCAAGUCAUUCGUUUAAAACUGCAGCUUUACUGCAUGAAAAUGUUGCUGGUGGGAACUCGGUAUGGUUGCACUGGGCUGACUUUCUUGAAAGUCGGUUGGAUGCUGAAAACACAGAGAAAGCCGCAUUGAAUGCAGGAAUGGAGGCAUUAGUUGGGAUAAUGGAAGGUGCUAGAAUGGAGAAUGAAUUGAGAGCACGAAAAUAUGUUGCACGAUUACUGUGGCUUAUGAAAAAAUUGUCAGCUUAUGGGAGUAUAGCUGAAAAGAAAGUUGACGUGAAUUUGGAAAAGCACGGCACUGGUAUACCAGCAAACAAUUGGUUGCCUUGGUUACCGCAAUUGGUUGCUGAAUUACAACUACGUCCAUCCGUAGCCAUUGCACGUAUUAUCUCACAUGUUGGCGAAUCAAGCGAACAACAAGUUUUCUAUGCUAUUGCUGCCUCACAGCCGCUUGAUUUUAUUGUCCAAAAUGUAUCUACAGUUUGUGAUCCUUUGAAGAGUGAUCAAGGUAUCUCUGUCACUUCACAGGAAUUGUUUCGUGAUAUAAUUAGAAAGUUAUAUCAAAGCCGACCUGUCGAAAUAUCAUCUCUUUGUCGUUUGUUGGUCGAACUAAGUGGUAUGAAAGAGCAUUGGUUGGAGCACACACUGCAUAAAGUGAACCGGUUGAAGGACCGAUUGUUCGGAUUUGCUUAUAAGAAUCUUGUUUCCUUAACAACUCUUUUGAUCCCCGAUGAUUUUCUUACCGAAAUCAUAAACUGGCGAUGUUCGUUGAAUGAUUUUACUGGAUUUGACGAAAUCAAUGAGGAUAUAAAAAAGUGUGCCCAAGACAUUGAAUCUGAUUUCAAUAUUCAAAAAGGAAGGAACGACAAGUUGACAGAUUUAUUGAAUAUUGUUGUGAAAUGGUCAUCAUUGCUGGCUGCAAAAUUUGAUGAAUUGCCGAGUAAAAAGUUGGUACGAAAUGUCAGUCAGGUUCUGGCAUGUUAUUCAUCUAAAGUUGCAAAUGUUGAAAUUUUCAAUGGACACUAUGCAGCAAAGAGCAAAGAGUUUUCGUCAAUUAUUUAUCGGUUCUUGCCCUAUUACUUUGUAAUACGAAGGGCUGACGUUAUUACACGUCGCAUUUCUGUCCGUGCUCUUAGUGGGAGAGUAUACUGUUAUUAUUUAACUAAACACUACGAUGCAAGCCGGGAUGCUUCUGGAAUACACCAGCUUUUUGCUUUGAUCAAUCAUUUUCUCACGAAGGAGAAGGAAACAUGCCGACGAUUCCUACAAUUGGCAGUUCCUCAUUUCGCAUACAUCGGUGGUGUGUCAUUGUUGGAAUGCACUAAUAAAAUGAAUUCUCUUUACACAUUUGAAGAAAUUUUAAAUGCUAUUUUAAAAAACAAGGCUGAUAUAUCUUUUUCAGCGAAACUAAUCGAGAGAUUUUAUGACCUUAUCUCAAAAUCCGCCAUUAUUUCGGAUCAGCUAUUGCUUGAUGAGUUUCAUUAUAUAACUUCGGAAAAUAUAUUGCCGAUCGAUUCACUCUCGAAAUGGAUCAUCCCUCGUUAUGAGGAUCCUACACACUACUACACCCUUCGAAAGCAGGUCGCAUUAAAUAUGUCUGUGCUUUCCAUUUGUGAGUAUAUUCUUCAUCUUAAUCCGGCAACAAUGAAUGGCCUAUGUUUGAAUACGAGGACGGGGCAAACAAUGAAUGUCGAUUACCUAUUUGGGUUAAAGCCUCAAACUUUGGAACUUGAAGUUGAUCGAGUAGUACCGUACCGAAUGUCACCAAAUUUGCAUAAGUUUUUGGGUCUCUCUGUUGAAGGUCACUACAAUUGCUCAAUAGUCGCAACAAUUCGUUGCUUACACGCACGGAAAAUUGUCACCUACGCUCAACUUUUUCUGUGGGAUGCAUAUUCGCGACAGAGGAAGUUAUCUGUGGCAGAAAUUUUCAAGCUGGCACGAACUGCUGGCAAAUUAUUGGAAAACCGGUUAAAUGAUCUAUAUAAAGCGGAAAACUUGGCUGAAUAUGUCGGUCAAUUAACUCAAAUGGCACGCCAAGACGAAAAUUUAGCACGUUUGGAUCCACGCUUGCAUCCCUGGUUCUGAAUUUUAGCAUUAUUUCUGCGUCUUUGACAUACUUCGACCUUCGUCUCGUAGUAUUUUUAGGGAUUUUAUUUUUGUUCCACUUCUUAGAAUUCUCCAGUGCUACAGGAAACAAUUUUUCGAAAUAUUGAUAAUUACUCUUAUUUUUCUUCGGUUUAAAAAGUUACGUGUGGAUGAGAACUUGGCAUUUUUCAACCAUCUCCUGCAUACUUGAUAUACUUUUAAAUUUUAACGUAAUUAGUAUAUCAUCGGAAACUUCCCUUCCGUUUUUCUUACAUAAAUGAUGAAUUGGAUUUGGUAUAGAAUCUGCCGUUUAGUUCUGCAGACGAACCGAUAUAUUGCUUUAAUUUUGUUAGGAAGGAAAUUCCUGAAUCGUGGAUUUUGCAGUAGAGGUAAAUGAAAGCACUUGAUGCGUCAUAUUUUAUGUCAUUCAACAUCUGCCAUUCUUCUUAUGCCAUUUUACUGUUUCUUGUAUUUGCCCCGUUCGUUACUUGUAAUUGCUCAAGAAAUCUGCAUAAUUAUCACAAAUCGUCAAGUCUUUCUUUGAUCUCACUUAUAUAUAGAUCAUUCAUUUGCAUAUGACAUCGGCAUUCUUAUACAUAAUUGUUGAAUUUGUGUUCUCUAAUUUAUUCAAGAUUAUCCAGGUGAUUUGGACUUAUCAAUAAUAUUUUACAUUAAUUAUAUUAAUGUAUUUUUCUCGUUUGAGAAGAUGCUCUGGCGUUAGCAGCCAGAGAUAUGAGAGACAUUGAAUUUAUCGGUCCUUGAUAUUUUUUUUUUCUUAAAUACUUUUGUUUCCUGACAUAUCCCAAAAUUUUUGAUAUUUUAUUAGAGGGGGAAACCUGUAUUAAUCAUUUUUGUCUUUUCACUAGAAAAUCCUUAUUUGCUGAUUCUCGUUUGCCUUUGUUCGAAAUAAAGUGUUCCAC